UGUUGCCAGAAGAAGAUGCUUUGUGAACAAAUUUUACAUGAAUUGCUCCUUUUUCAUUUCUCGCAUUUUCAUGGAAAUGACCGUGUAAUGUCUUCCUGUAGGCUAAAAACCAGAGGGCAUUUUCAGUACCUGUCUAAAUAAGGAGACCGUUGCCUGUGAAAAUACUUUGAGGCAUGGCAACAGGCAACGCUCCCAGGGGCGCUGAGCGGCUUGAGCCCUUCUCAGUGCUGCUGUCUCUCAGUCUGCUCGCUGCCACGCUAGCGCGGGGACGCCAGGUAUAGAUGCUGGCGUCUUUCAACAUGACAGACGCCAGCUAAAUCUUGAAUGUGAACAACGGUAUUUCACGAUAAUUGAAAAUCCUUAUAUGAUAAGGAAACUGAAAAUUUACAUCCACUAUUUGGUCAAUCGAUCGGCUCCAAGCUGCAUCGGUUAUAGUGAAAUGAUACACAGAUAAUGAACAUGAUUCUAUCUAGCAGUGUGAUUUGGCAAUAUUGGUAAAGAAAAGUAUGUGUGAGUAUGCCCGGUGUUCGUGAAUAAAUAUGUCUAGUGGUGGUAACGGCAAGAUGCUCGACACUGGCUUUUUGUACGAGGUGAUGAAGGCUGCCCGGCCAAUAGCCUGCCCGCCCGUGCCACACGCCCACACCGGGGCCGCCACCACGCCGGGAGGCUCGCCAACUGCUACGGUCUCUGUCUCUCCCACCACUACCACCGCCAUGGGUCCCUGUGACACGGAGAACAACCUAAAUAAAGGAAGCAAUGGAGACAAGGGAUAUAUGGAUAAGCAUGUGUUAAAUAUUGACAAGGAAAAUUACAUGUUGAAAUACGGCCCAACCCCAACGCCCAUGUGUCUCCGGACUUCCUCCGGGCCGUCAUCGGACCAGGUUCGCUUUAAUGUUACUACUUCGUCCGAGUGUCGCAGCAAUGUGUUGACUUGUCUGUGUCGGCCUCAGUCGUGUGGAGGAUCAUUGAGUGGGGGAAGUGGACCUCUCCUUUCGUAUAGCACUGCUGGAGGACCCCUCAGCCACAGUAACGGCACUAGUCCAAGCCAGCAUAAUGCCUCUCACACGGUGUCCUCCCUUUUACCUCUUGUAGAGUGCCGGGCGUGCUUCCACAACGUGUGUACCUCCUUCUCUGGCAGCCAUCCCUGCUCUCGUCCACAGCACACGCUACCGCCUCCAACCGUCACCACCGAUGUCCCUAUCAGCCAGUGGUCGUCCAGCAAUGUGGUGGACUGGAUGGCAACGCUGAACCUGGCACCUUACACGGAAAUAUUUAAAGCCAAGGACAUCAAAGGAACAGACCUCCUCACCCUCGACCGAGAUAAGCUCAUAAACAUGGGCAUCAAGGAUGAGUUCCAUCAGAAGUCCAUUUUAGUGUGCAUUGACCAGCUUCAGAAUGGAUGUCAUGAAGGUAUCUGUCCCGGUGAUAAGCUGGCCUCGGGGGUUGGAGGUGUGGAGUGCACCACCCCAGCAUCCCACCACAACCUCCUCAACCACUCUUUCCAUGACCUCCACCGCUGUGACAAGUGUGGACUCCACCUCAGAGGGUUUAUUCAUCAAGGACAGUUUUGUCAAGACUGCGGCCUCAUUGCUCACCGAACUUGUGCCGCCACUGGCCUGCCUCCUUGUGUUAAGCAAUCAUCCAAAUACUUCUGUCGCCUCAUGCUAUCCUCUGUCUUCGGUCUGAGUCUGUGCUCCCAGUUUGCUCCUGUGGAUACCCCUGCCCCACUGCUCCUUGUGAGAUGUUGCGAAGAAAUUGUGUUCCGUGUCAAGAAUGAUUCCAACCUGGACCCUUAUCGCCUCUACCGCACUCCCCCGCAGCAGGAGACUCUGGCCCAGCUGAGACAAAGCUGUGAUGAAGAUAUGUGUAGUGUUGACCUUAGUAUUUAUGAGCCACAUGUUAUUGCGUACCUGAUCAAGAGAUACCUUCGGGAGCUCCCACAGCCAGUAAUCCCAGAGUCUUUCUACGACCGCUUCAUUGAGGCCACUCGGAUCCACAAUGACGACCAGUGUGCCAAGUGUAUCGCCCUCAUGGUGAAGGAGCUCAGUCUUCAUCAUUAUUGUACUUUACAGUUCCUGAUGAACCACUUCCUUCAGCUGUGUCAGCUGCAGGUCAAUAGAGGCGUCAUGGAGCCUCCCACUCUCCUCAUCCAGUCUUUCUGCCAUGUUCUCCUCAGACCACCUUGGGAAAAGAUUGUAGAGUUGGCACGCAACACUGAGGCUCACAUGAGGAUUGUGGAGAUGCUUCUCUUGAAAGUUGAUUGGGGAGAGAAGGUGCCCAUGUUUGCCCCUGCCCCAGCACUGCCUCCUAGACCUGCCCGUCCUUCAGUCGUGAAUCCCCCAGAGGAACCAAGCCCACCCUCCCCACCUUAUGGUUCUGAUGCAGCCCUGAACUCACCUGUGUACGUGUUCACCAUCCCACCCUGUGCCCCCAAGGCUCUGCAAGAAGCAGAGUGGUACUGGGGAACCAUUACCCGUGAGGAGGUCAAUCUAAUCAUGAAGGACACCAAGGAUGGGACUUUCCUAGUGCGUGACGCUUCCACUGGUAACAAUGAAUACACCCUCACCCUACGCAAGGGUGGCUCAAACAAAUUAAUCAAAAUUUGCCACCGAAAUGGAAAGUACGGUUUCACGGAACCCUACAGCUUCAACUGUGUGGUGGAACUUGUCAACUAUUUCUGUCAGCAAAACCUCAUCCAGUUCAACAAGGCCCUGGACAUCCGGCUGCUGCACCCUGUCAGCCGCCUCCGCGGCGAGGAGCCAGAGGGUACUAGGAUGAGGGUGGAAGACAUCAUGAGUCUCCUCAGUGAUCUCAGCAAGCAGUACCAGUCCAAAACAAACCAGUACAAUAAAAAUUACAAAUACCAGCAGGCACUCUCCCAGGAAAUCACCAACACUCGGCAAGCUGUAGACGGCUUUGCAGAAACCAUGGCUUGGAUUGAUGACCACCUCAAGCUCCACGAGAAAUUCAAGAAUGAAGCGCAACCGCAUGAAGUGAAUGAUUUGCUCGAUAACAAGAAGAUCUUGGUUGGACGCGUGGAGAGAGUGAGGAAAGCCCACAGUGAGCAUGAGAUCCUUCUUACCAGCUUGAAGAGAGAAAGUCUGAACCUGGAGAGGAAAUCUCAUGGUCUGAAGAUAGACGUUCUUAAGUUGGCCAAGCAGGUGGACCAUUUCAAGAAUGUGCUUCUCUCCCGAGGGUUGUCCGCUGACAUUGACCAGACAGAGACCUCCCAGGUGCUCCAGCCUUGCCCAGAGCUACACAACCAGUCUCUUUGGGACUUUGAAGAUUUCCCAAGGGAAGCAUCCAUAAAGUUGCUGAAAAACAAACCUGAUGGGACGUUCCUUAUCAGAACUGCUCAGAAUGGAGGCUACGCUUUGUCCAUUGCGUGCAACAAGGAUGUUCAGCAUUGCAAGAUCCAUCAGGGUGAGCAUGGGUACGGAUUUGCUGAGCCAUUCCUCAUCUACCCAACGCUAAAAGACUUGGUUCUUCACUACUCCGAGAAUUCCCUCGUCAUGCACAAUGACCUGCUCAACACUACCCUCAAGUACCCUGCUCGGAUGGCCAGCUAGUAAUAGUCCAAAUAGUAACAAGUGUGGAAUGGUAAUGUUGGUGGAUAACUGAAGCUUCACAUUGAAUUGUAACAUGCAAGCAUUGACAGUUGUUUCCUUGAAAACAAACAGGACAUUUGCAGCCCGAGAUAGCCAUUCACAUGAGAUGCAUCACAAGUGAACUUUAUCUCAGGAAAAUUAAGACACUUGUCCAGCUUGUUGGUGAUAGGAUUUAUGCAUUCUGCAAAAUGAACACAAAGGCAUUAGUUUGCAGAGUAUGGGAUAACUAAUUGGACAUGUUCCUCUGCACAGUAUACAUGGCUGAAAGCCAAUUUGCAGCUCAACAGCUGCUACCAGAGUUCCUUGGCUGACUUCAAUGCAGUCAGAUUGAUUUAACUUAUAUUAAAGGUGUAUGCAAUGUUAGCUAACUGAACACUGGUAGUAGACAUUAGGAGCCUCAUUUCUUACUCCGUGGUACAAAGCCAUUUCAGGACUAGCAAAGGAAAGUUGUUUAAAAAGUUGUAUUGUCACACCCUAAAGAGUUUAGCACCGAGUGAUCAAACUACGGGUAGUAUCCCUUAACAUAGAGGCUACCCAUGCAUACAUUGUUUUCAUAGUGGCCAAAGACAUAAUCCAUUGCCAUUAUUUUGCUGUCAGUGUUUCAUAAUCCUCCAUAAUCUAUAUUGUUUAAAAUAGUUGAUAUUUUAAAGAAUAUUAACAGAUUACACACUGUGUUAUUUGAUACUAUGAAUUGUGCUGUGAAGAAUGGUUUUCCUCUCUUUCCAAAGAUUGUCGAGAUCUCUUAUUCAGAAAAGAAUUGAAGCGUUGGAUAUCUCGUGUGACUGAAGUGACGAUAGUGCAUUCCAGUGGAAGUGUAAAUACCUAGCAAGUCAUUAUCAGGUGACAGACAUGUGAACUCUAGCAAGUGUGAUAUAAGCAUUAAGGACACCAAGCAAAGUGAAAAGUGCUCCCGCUAGAGGUCGUGACCUGGAGGAGAGGGGCAGCCAGGCCACCACUAGUCACCACAACCCCAAAGCUACAUGCCACAAAUGUUUGUUAAUCAUCAUAGCCUCAUCUCAUUUUUAUAAACAGUUGUAUUGUUUCUAUUGAUUUUCAGUGUCUUCAUUUCCAUCUUGUAUAUGUAUGUAUAUUUGUGUGUUUAUUGUAUAUAUAUUAUAGAUAUCUACAUGUAUGUCUAUAUAUUUAGAUAUUUGUGUAUAUAUAUAAAUAUAUAUGAUAUGUGUUUCAAAUCUUUUCUACACAUUAUAUUUAUAAACACUGUCUUCCAUCAACUAAUAAUUAGCCAUUUGCUUGGUCAGUCAACAAUCAGUAAAUUUCAAAGUCUGGUUCAACGUGUGAUGAUCUGACCUGCCGAGCUAGUCUGUGAGUGUCAAGAAAGGUGUUAGGCAAGAGAAAAUACUGAUCUUUUGUGCUACAUACUAUUUUUUUUUAAUAAGACUGAUCAAAUUUUAUUUAAUGUUGCUUUUCCUCAUUAAUAAUACCCACUUAACAAAUGCUUUGAUACAAGUAACCAGAACACCUGGUGGCCCCUUAGGGUGACAGGCAUGUCCCGGUGAGAGUGCCCAGUGCUGGUGGGUAAGAACGGUGAGGGCGGGUGGCUGCCCAUGUGUGACUUGGGCUGUUAUGUUGAGGCAAGUAGUCCUGACCUGCCAGUCACUACCCCUCAGUGUUGCUUGUCACCUUCCCAUGCUACAAAGGGAAAAGUCUCAAUAAAGUGCUCUUUGGUCAA